AUGAAACAAGCAGAGAAGUUGAGGACAAAGCUUGGCAAUUACAAGUGGGAUGUUCACAAGUCAAGUAGACCCCAAAUCCCAAAAAACUUGGAAAAUUUCAUUGAUGCUUGUGUCUCAGUAGAAGAGAAUGUUGAGUUGUGCAAAAUCCCUACUAGAGAAGAAGUUAAGAAGGCGAUAUUUAGGAUUAAAUCACUUAAAUCUCCUAGUCCAGAAGGCCUUCCAGCAUUCUUCUAUAAGCACUAUUGGGAAAUUGUUAAGGACCAAGUUACUUUGGCAGUUCAAGGCUUCUUCAGUUUGUGCAACGUGGUAUACAAAGCGAUAUCAAAAAUUCUAGUUGGCAGAUUGAGACCUCUUCUGGAUAAAAUGGUGGAUUCAGCUCAAGUUGCAUUUGUUCCAAGUAGAUGCAUGACAGAAAACAUUCUGUUGGCACAAGAGAUAGUUCACAGCUUUAGACACAUGAAAAGGAAGAAAGGAUUUCUAGAAGUGAAGAUAGAUUUUCAAAAAGCUUAUGAUAGGAUGGAAUGGGGAUUCAUCCAAAGGGUCCUGAAGGCAUUUGGCUUCAAUGAACAUGAAGUGCUGAUGCGCUUGAUCAAUAGAGAAAUAAUCCAGCACAAGUUGACUGGAGUAAAGCUCACAAGAAUAACUCCUCCCAUAUCUAAACUUUGUUAUGUAGAUGACAUAAUUCUCUUCUACAAAGCUUCAAUGGCUGAGUUAUCUUCCUUAAAGGAGUGCUUGGGGAAAUAUUGCCAAUGGUCGGGACAAAUAAUCAGUGUGGAAAAGUCCAGGGUUUUCCCUUCCAAAGGGGUUAGUCCUCAUUUCCUCAAUCAAAUUCGAGCUCAUUGGGGCCUAAGCAAACUCCCUCCUUUAGCAAAAUAUUUGGGAAUCCCAUUAUUCCUCACCCCCCACAAGAAAAAGGACCUUAAUGACAUUAAGGAGCAGAUCGAGAACAAGCCCAGUAGUUGGAAAAGCAAGAAUCUAUCUUGGGCAGGUCGUGCUACUCUUAUCAAAUUUGUGGCUCAAGCCAUACCCUCCUACUCCAUGUCUAUCCUCCAAUUCCCCAAGGGGCUUUGUGAAUAG